AUUUAAUAGAAAAUAAAUGAGUAGGCAGCAGAAGGCCUCGCCCCCAGCCCCAUCUCAGUGGCUUUGUAGUGCGGAUCUGGGCCACAAGGUGGUGCCGUGCAACCAGCUCUGUCAGCAUCUUUGUCCUCAGCGUGGGUUGGUGACUGUCACAGCCAGAUAGGACAAAUACAGGGGGGUUAUAAAGUGCAUAAACUACUUUGUGUCCCGUUAUGUCCACAAAACUUAAUAGCUUUAACUCAGUGACACCUCCUUGCUGCUAUCCCCUAAACAGCAAUAAAUUAGACAGCAUUCUACAUUUUCAUGAAUUACAUCCUAGGUAAAUGACUUAGUAAAUUAACAUUUCCAAUAGAUUCCCACAGUCUUUUUUAAUCUUAUAAAAUAUGUGUGAAAUUUCUGGUAGAUAACCUUUAGGUUUGAUCGAGCCUUGAAACACACAAACAACCUCCCCAAACCCUUCAUGACACAAUUCCCAGUGGGAACACUGUGGUGCGUUAGGUGGAAGGGGACAAUCCCCGGCCCUGAGGGCUGGCAGCCCCUGGCCGUGCUGAGGGGAGCAGGGCAGGGACCUGGCAGCACCCCGGGGAGCGGGGACCACCCCUCGGGGACCCGGAGCCCCUCAGCCCGGAGCUGGGCUUGGGGGCACCCCGGCCGCCACGUCCCUCCAGCCCCCGUUGCCAUGGCAGCGUGGCGGCGUCCUGUAAUGGCGGCGGCGUGAAGCUGAGGGCAGCCAUGGUGCGGAUCACUGAAGAUCUUGUUCGAAGACGUGCAGAACAUAAUAACUGUGAAAUUUUUUCACUGGAAGAAAUCUCUUUACAUCAGCAAGAAAUAGAAAAACUAGAAUAUCUUGACAAAUGGUGUCGAGAUUUGAAAAUUCUCUAUCUUCAGAAUAAUCUAAUUCCCAAAAUUGAAAAUGUGGGUAAGUUAAAGAAGCUGGAAUAUUUAAAUUUAGCUUUGAACAACAUUGAAAAAAUCGAAAAUCUGCAAGGCUGUGAAGAUCUGAAGAAACUUGACCUGACAGCAAACUUCAUUGGUGAACUCUCUAGUAUUGAAACUCUAAAAUAUAAUAUACAUCUGAAGGAAUUGUUUCUAGUGGGUAACCCAUGUACUGAAUUUGAAGGUUAUAGACAAUUUGUGGUGGCAACACUUCAUCAAUUAAAAUAUUUGGAUAGUAAAGAAAUAGAACGUUCAGAGAGGAUUCAAGCACUUCAAAAUUAUCCAGAAGUGAAACAGAAAAUCAGAGAACAGGAACAAUCCUACCUUCUCAAAAGAGCCAAAGAAAAAGAAGAGGCUCAAAGAAGGAUGCAUGAAAGAAAGGAUAGGAAAGAGACAAAAGUGGAAGCUAAGCUUGAAUUUGACAGCUCAGGCUCCCUACAGGACAAAGAAAACUGUCGGUCAGAAGGAGAAACAGAACAACAAACAUGGAGAACAGUUGAAGAUGAUGAAGAAGACAGAAAAUUUUGGGAGGAGCCUACACCUUAUACUCCAGAAUCUAGAUUAGAAACUCACAGAUAUAUUGAAGAAAAACGGAAAGCAAAAGACAAUAUAAGGGAGCCAAAAAAGAGAGAGAAGCCUCUUCCAACACUGGUCACUGCAGAAGGAAAAGUUCUAAAUGUCAAUGUGCCUAAGCUUCAUUUCUCCUUGAAAGACGAUGAAGAAAACAACCAGUUCAUUCUGGAACUUUUUGUUUACAGACAUCUGGACACUUCUCUGCUUGAUGUUGAUGUCCAGACAACUUACAUACGAGUACUGGUGAAGGGAAAGCCAUUCCAGCUUGUGCUCCCUGAGGAAGUGAAGCCGGAUAGCAGCUCUGCUAAAAGAUCACAAACAACUGGUCAUUUAGUUGUCAGCAUGCCGAAGGCUAAAGAAAUGAUCCUGGCUAAGCAAAAAUUAUCAGCUUCAAUCAAACCUUCUGACACAAUGCAAAAAAAUGCAAGAAGGAGUGGACAAGUUGAGAAAUUAGAAGUGGAUCCUGGUAAAUAUUCAUUCCCUGAUGUGACAAAAAUAAUCCAAGAAAAGGAACGAAUUGGACAGGGCCCUAUUAGGCUACAAAGAGAGAAGAUUACAGAGACUAAGAAGAAUUAUGUUGAUUUUGAAAAUAAUGAAGAUGUUCCUCCCUUAAUUUGAAAUGUUCUUAAGUAGUGUCUAUAUAUGUAGCAUGUAUAUCUGAGUCAAUUUCAUGAUCCUAUGUGUAAAGUAAGUAUAUUAUAGCUGAGGUUGGAAAUAUUAUUUACAGUUCUUAUCAUAAACUUUGUUAUGCCUCUGUUUUCUGCUGUGUUUUCUGUUAGAAUAUUGCUUAUAUAAAUUCUUUCUUUUUCUAGUUUGUUUACUUAGUAAAUCCCAAUUCAGAAUGGGAGCCAUAUAAGUGAAAUAUUGUCAUUUCUUCAAGUAAUUUAUUGUUUAGCUUAAAAGAUGACAUAUUACUGAAAAAGAAAGAGAAGGAAGGAAAAAAGCAUUUGGAUAAGAUUUAUGGUUAUUCUAACUGACAUAAAGAUAACAAAUCUGUAUGUAUUCCAGUGUUUUCUUUCUCAUGAAGGACAACAGUAAAAGAAAGCAAUGUAUUCUGGAGAUGAGAAACAUUGCUGUAAUCUACCAUAAAUGAGUGAAUUUUUCGGCAUAAGGCAGAGCCCCAGGGUUCUGGAGCUGGUAUAGCAAUGCCACUCCUUGAAAAUGUUGGGAGAGGAUAUCACUGAACAAGUUAUCUCAGACAUGUGGCACUGUGGGGCAGCUGAGAGAAAUCACUAAGGCCAUUCCUGGUUCUCUAAAUGCAGCUACUCUAGGCAGUUCCAGAUUUUUCAGAGUCCCUUACAAAUACCAAGGUUAAUUUUUAGCUGUGAUUAGCCUUACGGUGAAAUAAGGGUGGACAGGAGAAAUAGGAUGAGCUGUUCCUUCCCUAUGUUUUAGCCUGUUCUUAGCAACCAGAGACUCCAUUAUCUUAUUUUCCCCUCAGCUUUUGAAAUGCCCCAGAAGUGAAACAGGCAGCAUCAAAGAACAAAUAUAUGCUGGGUUACCAUUUCAUUAUUGAAAAUUACUGCAAUUUGGUAAGACCAAAUUUGCUUUCCUCCCCAUGGUUUCCUGGGAAAACAAGGCUCAUGUCAUUCUUAAUCUCAGUUCUGCUUUCAAAAGUUAUUUUGGUUAUUAUUACCCUAUUUGACAGCAGAGAAGGGUCCCAGAAAUAUUCAGAUCCUCUAAAUUUUAAAUUCUCAAAAUGGUCACUGACUAGUAAAAAGGGAUUCUCUUGACACCUCCGCUGCUGGGAAGACAACUCAGCCACUACCUAUUUGGACAGUAGCCACUCAGUUAAUCAAUAUGUCAGCAGCCCUGUGUGCAAGUUAUCAUUCUUGCUUAGGCAGUAGUUAAAGAAAGUAGGAGUCAUGAUGGUGGGGCUCUGGGAACCUGGGGGAAAGCCAAGGGGAGUGUGGGAAGUAUUUAGGAAAUAUGCUUAGACCUUGAGUAACUAUGGAAAGAGAUAGUGGAUAUUGAGAAGGCAAUGAAAAUUUGUAGAGGGAGGAUCACAGAAAAUAUUUCUAGGUUGGGAGGUUGCUGAAAUGAGGAAUACAUAGGGGACAUUUGACAAAAUCACAGGAAACCAAGCCUCAUUAGCUCCAUUGUCUACCAAACAAUUUAAGAAUGUAUGUGCCUGAACGCCUCUAUUUUCUUUUAGUUGGGGAAUUAGCAUUUGAUUCUAUAUUAAAAAUCAAUACCUUUUUUUCCUUUUUUGUACACUAAUUUUAAAGCCAUUUUUAUUAAAACAAAUGAAUAAACAAACAAACAAACAAACAGAAAAGGGAUACUCCAGCCAAAUAAAUAAAUAAAUAAAUAAAAAUCCAGUGAUCUACAUUACCUUGCUAAUGAAUCUGAAACUUUCUCUGUAAAGGAAGGCUUCAUUUGGCCCUGCAAAAAGAAAAUGCUUCUGAUUCAAAACAGCUUUUGCUUCCAGCCAAAUUGGAUAUAAGGAGCAAAAGCAACUCUGAAAGUAUCAGAGGGUAUUUUGUGGUUAGAUCUUGUUUUCAUAUUUAAGAUAGAAAAUUAAUAAGCUGCACUUAACUGAAACACUAAAACUGCACUUAAAAUAUGUUAUUUAAGUAGCAAUCUAGGUUCAGAUAAUGCCUAUCUAUGAUACUGGUCAGUACAUUGUAAACUUCAAGAUACAUUCUUUGAAAGUGCUAUAUCCCUAAUUGUGAAAAACAUAAUGCAAAAUAAAUAAAUAAAUAAAUA